AAAAUCCCUAAUUGAGCCUUGGCGCCAGAUAUUUAACAAAAUGGAAAAAUUGAAAAGGCAGCAUUGGAUGGCAGACGAAGACGAGUACCAAAAUGUUUUGAGAAAGACUGCGACGCUAGCCAAAAUCUCGCGAAAGCGAAAAAAUCACGCAUACGUAGAGGAGUUUUUAAAAGGGUGGGAAGUCCUGUUCGCGUACGGAACCUACACAUCCGAAGGGGAGGUGGACUUUUCAGCAACUGAGACUUGGAACCUGAUGCAAGAUCCUGAAGACGCAUAUCUUGACGGCAAGACGAAAAGUUUCAAAAGGCAGAUGAUAAACUUUAUGCUCGCUCUAAACUGGAUGAAGGGCUGCGGACGUCUCACGCCUGACAAAAUCCAAGACAUCCAUGAGAUCAUGAUGCGCGGAAAAAAACACGGCAAACCCGUGCUGACGGAAAAAUACAGGACGACUAACGCUGGUUAUCACGAAUUUGCCCCUGUUUCUGCAAUCCCAAGGCUAGUGACAGAAGCCCUGGAUCGAUACUACUCUACAGAGACUGACGAUCCGAUAUGGAACGCAGUGAGGUUGUUCAUAGACUUGAUUAAUAUCCAUCCAUUCGAAGAUGGGAACGGGAGGUUAUGUAGGCUCGUUAUAUCACAUGUACUUGUGGAGAGUGGAAUGAGUCUCUUUCCAGUUUUUCUUAGUUCGUUCCACAAACGCGGCAGGCGCCAUUACAUUCAGGCUGUUAAAAGGUUUGAAGAGAGACCAUCGCUGCUCUAUACGAUAGUUUGUAGGUCUUUGGUGAAGACUACAUGUCUACGUCCACUUCAGUAUAUGGAUAAAGCUGGAAGAUCAUACAAAAUGACAAACGAAUCUCCAAAAUUUGAUAUUUCUUUUCUCAACGAAAAGAAAGUAUUGCAUCUAAAAUCUGGAUACUUGAAAGUAGACCAUAUUAAAGAGUUGGAUAUUCCGAUGGCAUUGGUUUACGAAAAAGGCUCACUAAUUGAGCCUGGAGUCAUUAAAUAUUUAUGUUGGAUCUAUGAAAAUGACAUCACGCAACAGAAAAUUCGACUCCGCGGCUAA